AUGAGGUCUCUCACUGGGUAUAUUCUGUUCAGUCUGGCGACUGCAGUUCUCUCUGUGCCGCUUUCUGAAGUUUCUGUGGAAGAUGAAAGUUUUGCAAAGAACUACCUGAAGAAAUUCUUCAACCUCACAGAGGAGGAGGGUCCAGCUGUCAGAAGGGGCAUCAGCCCGUUGAACAAGAAGCUGGCUGAGAUGCAGAGAUUCUUUGGUCUCCAGAUCACUGGGUCUCUGGAUGCUGACACUUUGGCCAUGAUGAAGAAGCCCCGCUGUGGGGUUCCCGAUGAACAGGUCGCUCGUUUCUCCACUUUUGGUAACAACCCUAAAUGGCAGAAACGCAGCCUCACAUACAGGAUAGAGAACUACACACCUGACAUGUCUGUGGCAGAGGUGGAUGACUCCAUAGAAAAAGCUCUGCAGGUGUGGGCUAAAGUCACUCCACUGAGGUUCACAAGGAUCUACAGCGGCAUUGCUGAUAUUAGGAUCUCCUUUGCUCGCCGGGCACAUGGUGAUUUUUCCCCCUUUGAUGGGCCCGGUAAGACUCUCGCCCACGCCUUUGCUCCCGGUACUGGCAUUGGAGGUGAUGCCCAUUUUGACGAGGAUGAAACUUUCACGUUCCGCUCAAACAGAGGCGUCGUCCUCUUCAUUGUCGCCGCCCAUGAGUUUGGUCACUCUCUGGGCUUAGGUCAUUCCAAUGUCCCUGGUGCUCUAAUGUACCCAACAUACUCAUACAGAAACCCUGACACCUUUGUUCUGCCUCAGGAUGAUGUUAAGGGUAUUGAAUACCUCUAUGGUUCAAACCCUGGUAACGAUCCCUCUGUGGUUGAUCCCACACCUCCCACUACUCCUGAUGCCUGUGAUUCUACCAUGGUAUUGGAUGCUGUCACAACCCUCAGAGGAGAGAUUAUCUUCUUCAAAGACAGCUUCUUGUGGCGUAGACUCCCUGGGAGCAGGACUCCUCAGCAAAGCCUCAUCAGAAGCUUGUGGCCUAGUGCCCCUGUGGACAUCGAUGCUGCGUAUGAGAGCCAACAGUUAGACACAGUGUUUCUGUUCAAAGGUCGUAAAGUGUGGGCCUUCACUGGCAACCAGCCCGUGCGGGGCUACCCUAAAACACUUACUGCUUUUGGUCUGCCAAAAGGAGUGAGGAAAAUCGAUGCUGCCCUUCAUGAUGUAAACUCUGGCAAAACUCUCUUCUUUGUAGGCAAUAAUUACUUCAGUUAUGAUGAGGCCAGAAAGACUAUGGAGCAGGGAUAUCCCAGACUGGUGAAUCAGGCCUUUACAGGCCUGACCAGCAAUGUUACGGCAGCUUUCCAGUACAGAGGUUUCACUUACCUCCACAGUGGACCCUACAUGUCUGAGUACGACCUGGGGACUGGGAAAUUGAAUCGUGUGUUGAGGAACAGUUACUUCCUGCACUGCACGAACCUCUAG